AUGGCUUACUUGACCCCAUCGCGACCCGCGCCGCCCGUACCUAUCCAGCGACAACCUUCCUUCGGACCGGGCGGCAAGACCUCUGCAGCAUCGAGCUCAUCAGGUCUCAUCUCAAAUGCCAGCGGAUCAACAGACUCUUUUCAGAGGUUCAACGGUACAGGCAACAACGGCUAUGGAUCAAACGGACCCGACAAUAGCAGAUCUCUUACGACCAUCCUGAGGAGAGGCUUCGUGAGCGUAAAGGAAGAAGGGAUAAGGAGUUGGAUUUGGUCCAAGCGCUGGCUCGUCUUGCGCGAGCAAACUCUCACUUUUCACAAGAAUGAGCAAGCGACGUCGAGCGCAUCCGCACUCGUCUUCCUGAAAGACAUCGUCAAUGUCUCGAGGACAGAUCUCAAGCCGUAUUGCAUCGAGCUGGAGACCAAAGAGAAGACCUACUUUCUCAGCUUGAAAAGUGACGAAGAGCUAUACAGCUGGAUGGACGACAUCUAUUCGCGAUCGCCACUCAUGGGCGUCUCCAGCCCGACCAACUUUGUCCAUCAAGUCCACGUCGGCUUCGAUCCCAUCUCGGGCGCAUUCACAGGCCUGCCCGAACAAUGGACACGUUUGCUCACUUCAUCAGCCAUCACCAAAGAAGACUAUGCGCGCAAUCCCCAAGCAGUCCUCGACGUCCUCGAGUUCUAUACCGACAUCCAAAAGCGCACGGGCGAGACGAGCGAUUUCGCUCUAUCCGCAACGAUUCCGAGCAAAGAUGAACGACUCGUCGAUGCGCCUCGGACAGAUACGAACAAUUUGACAGACUCAGGUAUUGCAGCUGGCAGUUCAAACAAUGUUUCGAGCUCAAAUAUGCGGUUCGGCGCAGGCACGGGACUUGCCGGCCAGCGCAGUGACUCGCUCCUACCGCCUGCUGCUGCCUCAACUUCUCGUCUUCCCGAUGUCUCACCAUCGCGUCAAGAUCCAUCGCGACGCUCAAUCUCGGAGCGCAACUUUUCAGAGGAAAAGCCGCCCGCACAAAGCUACAACCGCAACGAUGCACCAUCUUCAUCGGCCCAAGCGGACUCAAGCAAAGCUGGCGGCUUCUAUGAUGUUGUCGUCAAGCCUGGCGCCAGACGAGAAGCGGAGAAGACGGCCGAAUCACAUGCCAUGAAGCAAUCGUCGUCUCAGCAAAGUCGGAGCGAUCUCGUUCCUGCUCGUCCUGCUCCUUCUGCUCCGAGCGGCUCAAGCGACUCAAUACCCCGCGAGAAGGACCUACUCACCAAAGCGUCCACAAGCGCACAGCCUCCGGCGGGCGAAUCGCGAGUACCACUCAAAGCGACUCAGCCCACUGUAGCUGGACCAUCGAGCAAGCCUGCACCUUCUGCCAGCAAGCCUGCUGCUGCCACAGCCGCCCCUGCGCGCACAAAGCCAGCAGGCGAACGCAGAGUCUCAAAGAUGUCAGAAGCGGAAGUACAGGCCAAAUUACGACAGGUCACCUCGCCCGUCGAUCCCAAUACGCUCUAUGCCAAGAUCAAAAAAGUCGGUCAAGGCGCGUCUGGCUCGGUCUAUGUGGCGAAGACGCUGGCGACGGGUGGCAAGGUUGCGAUCAAGCAGAUGGAUCUUCGUGCUCAGCCCCGCAAGGAGCUCAUUGUCAACGAAAUUCUCGUCAUGCGCGAGUCUCAACAUCCCAACAUUGUCAACUUUUUGGACUCGUUCCUGCUCAGAUCAGAGGAACUAUGGGUCGUCAUGGAAUAUAUGGAAGGCGGUCCUUUGACUGACGUUAUCGACAACAACACACUAGCGGAACGUCAGAUAGCCAGCAUCUGUCUCGAGACUUGUCGUGGUUUGCAACAUCUGCAUCAGCAGAGUAUCAUCCAUCGCGACAUCAAGAGCGAUAAUGUGCUGUUAGAUUCGGUCGGUCAUGUCAAGAUCACCGACUUUGGCUUCUGCGCCAAACUGACAGAUCAAAAGUCGAAACGAGCUACAAUGGUCGGCACUCCGUACUGGAUGGCGCCAGAAGUCGUGAAGCAGAAAGAGUAUGGCGCAAAAGUCGAUGUCUGGUCUCUCGGCAUCAUGGCAAUCGAAAUGAUCGAGAACGAACCGCCUUAUCUCGACGAAGAGCCGCUCAAGGCACUCUACCUCAUCGCGACGAACGGUACCCCGACGCUCAAGAAGCCCGAAAAGCUCAGCAAGGAACUCAAAAACUUCCUUGCUGUCUGUCUUUGCGUCGAUGUCAAGUCCCGCGCAACGUCAGAAGAGCUCGUUCAGCAUCCUUUCCUCAGGAUGGCUUGCAGUCUGCCAGAGCUUGCGCCCCUUCUGCGAUUCCGUUCGACAAAGUAGGAUGCUCGUUUAAUAGCAUGUGUACUACAACGCAGAUCGUUCAGGAUGUCUACCGCUGCGUUGACUCUGGCAGUGACAUUGCGUUUUGGGCACUAUCUACAGUCCGCACACCUGUUGGCAGCUGCUGUAUGUCCACAACACGUGAUGAGGGCAGGCCUAUCAAGUCUCAGGCCAGAUCGCGUCGACACGCGUCGGACCGGCGGGCCAACGCAGCGUACGCUAUUCGAUCGGAAUGACGUUCACAAAUAUCAAGGCUCUAUCACAGUAGCCUGAGGCUACAUCUCUUGUCCUUCCUGCAACUUGCGUUUUAUCGAGACUUGUUGCAUGAUGAGCCGUAGCAUUGGGCUUGACGUUCGACGCCACUUCUCUUUGUGCGAGCGAUCACCCACGACAGAAGCUCGGCUUGCUGGCACGAUCACACUCGAUCAUCAUCAACAGAGACGCUCAUAUCGGCAC